AUGUAUGCUGACGACAUACAAAUAUAUCUCACAUGUGAUCCAGGCUCUCAAGACUCUAUCCAAGGUGCACUCUCCAAGCUGAUACAUGUGGUCAGAGACAUUCAAACCUGGAUGACUGUCAAUAAACUUAAACUCAACCAAGACAAAACCGAAUUCCUGGUAGUCGCAUCGCAAGCACAUCAUCGGAAGCUCACUGAUGUCAAGUUGACACUUGGUGAUGUUGUUCUUGAACCCUCACAAUCCCUUCGUAUCCUUGGUGUCAUCUUUGAUGAUCGUCUUCUUCAUGAUGCUCAGGUGGCAAACAUUUCAAGAACUGUUAAAUUUCACCUCCGUAACCUGACUUUGAUCAGGAAGUACCUUGAUGCUAGUUGUACACAUGCAGCAAUUCGAGCACUAGUUCUUUCAAGGUUGGACUAUUGCAAUAGCCUUCUCUAA